CAGGAAAAGCUUUUACAAUGCGACGUAUCUUUUUGUAAAACCGGAUGUGUGCAUAAAAAGUGUUUCUUUUUGGUCCACUUUCAUCGUUUUAGGCCGUGGAAGUAUUCUUAAUUGAAGAGAGAAGAUGUUAUCCAUAUUUAAAUCCAUCCCGACUCAUAUGGAUUAUAAGGGUCAGAAGCUGGCUGAACAGAUUUUCCAAGGAAUAAUUCUAGUUUCAGCGGCAAUUGGGUUUAUUUACGGUUUGAUCGUGGAGCAGUUUGGGUGGACAGUAUACAUUGUGUUAGCUGGUUUUGCAGUGUCUUGCGUGCUCACUCUCCCUCCAUGGCCGAUGUACAGAAAGAAUCCUUUGAACUGGCAGCCCAUUGUCCCAGAGGCGGGUGGUGAGCCAUGCCCAAAACCUCAAGAAAAUAUCAAAAAGAAGAAGCACAAAUAAAUUAACUUCAUCUUCCCUUCAGCCUACUUUUUAUAUAGAAAAUCAUAAAAGGGUGUCAACUAUUAGUUUCGUACCAUUUGAUAAUAAUACAUUUGUUACAGUGUUGGUCAAUAAUGGACAUGCAUUUAAAUAAAGUUUCAAAACAGACGA